AUGAAGAUGGCACGAUGGACAGCAGCUGAGCAAAGGGAUCAGGCUCGAGGUGAUCCUUCAGGCUCGGGUGUGAGAAGGAUGAAGGUGGUUCUGAUAGGGGACAGUUCGGUUGGAAAGUCUGCUCUGGUCUACCGGUUCAUCAACAACACGCUUCUGGCAGAUCCCAAAGCUACCGUGGGCAUCUCGUUCUUCAAGCAGACCCUGAUGGACCCGCUGAUGAACCAGCAAUAUCCGCUCCAAAUAUGGGAUACGGCCGGACAAGAGAAGUUCCAAUCGGUCACUACGCAUCAUUAUCGGGCGGCCGACGGGGCGCUGCUCGUGUUCGACAUCGCGAAUGAACGUUCUUUCCAAAACUUGGACAAGUGGUUGGCAGAGCUGCGUGAGAAUACCGAUCCCAGUGUGGUAGUUGCGUUGGUCGGCACCAAGGCCGACCUUUCGGCUCAAAGAGCAGUGUCGACAGAGAGAGCACAAGGAUAUGCAAGAGGCAAUGGACUUCUUUACGUGGAGACCUCUGCCUACUGGAACAAAUAUGAGGGUGCAGAGAAGGACUUAGCCGUCGGCGUGGAGCAGAUCUUCCUCAGGCUGGUGCGAGGCAUCAUACAGACACAGAAGGAGUUGGGCCGAAAUCCAGCCCGACUUGACAUGUCUGGCUAUCCGGAGGCAAUCAACCUUGAGGAAGAAGGACGCAGACGAGAUAGCGAGUGCGCAUGCUAG